CGUCAAGUCCGAUUCAACCAUCACUCUCAACUGUUUACAUAGUACCUAACUUUAGCCCAGGAACAACUAAAUGAUAAUAUCGUCCUAAACCAAUUCUACUAGACACUUAAUUUUCUACAUACUCCCUUGGUGUUCAUACUCAUAUCUCUCUGUUUAAAUAAAGUACCUAGGUACCUAAGUAAGCAGCAUCUAUCUUUUUCUUCAUUCCUCUCUGACGUCAAUAUCGUACUACUCAGUACAAAGAGUAAUCAACUUAAUCAGAAAAUUCAAGUGGUGUCAGACUCAAACAACUACGGGUAUUCUCACCUUGAGUAGUAUUAAUGAGCCGCGUCUAGUCUCAAAAAAUGGGCAGCACUACGCUUUCUCAAACCAAAUUAUCCUUAAGUAACAUCUGGAACCGACGUCGCGCUCAUGACUAUAUACCUGUCGGUGGAUCUGAACAGAAUGAGAAUCCUCCUGCGGAAAGAAUAGAAUCGGCCGAUAAAGUAGUACUACCAGUCCCAAAAAAGCAACGCUGGCAGGGUUAUCUCACCUCCGGUAGUAUCUGGGGUUUGACAAUACUAGCUUCUAUCCUACUCAUAAGCUUGCUCCUCUCCAUCGCCAGGAGUUUAUGGGGUUUGGAAGAUGACCCCGAUAAAGUCUUUGGAAACUGGGGGAAGCCAGGUACAGGAACGGAAGACUUGGCCUGGUACCCUACGGACUUCCUCCGUGACGUCGUUCCAAUUCGGUGCCAUUCGCAUAACGACUACUGGCGUAAAGUGCCUCUCUUCUCGGCUUUACACGCUGGCUGUAUCGGGGUGGAAGCGGACGUCUGGCUAUUCGAUGAUGACCCGGAACUUUACGUCGGACAUGACGAGGCUGCCUUAACCCCAAAUCGUACUUUUACUUCCCUCUACGUAAAUCCUCUGGUGGAACUACUCAAUCGCACAAACCCGCAAACAAAAUUCUAUAACGACACACGCCGAGGCGUUUUCGAUUAUGACCCAGAACAGACGGUAAUCCUCCUUGUGGACCUUAAGACUGACGGGACUAAAACUUGGCCAUAUGUCCUAGCACAACUCGAACCACUGAGGUCAAGAGGUUGGUUAAGUUCCUUCAAAAACGGGGUUGUCCAUCAGCGCCAAGUAACCGUCGUUGGAACGGGGAAUACACCCUUCGACUUACUUACUAAGAACGCGACAUAUAGAGACGCCUUCUUCGACGCGCCUCUAAAGGAUAUGUGGGAGGAUCCAGAUGCGUCGAGCCCGGUGUCUACCGAAGCAGCUCCGCUCUACAAUGAUACCAAUUCAUUCUAUGCCAGCACGAGCUUCGCAGAUGCUAUAGGCAUCGUGCUAGGCGGUUUUAGUGAAAAACAACUUCGCACGAUUCGCGGGCAGAUUAAAGGUGCUCAUCGCAGAGGCCUCAAAGUUCGAUACUGGGAUACUCCUAGUUGGCCAGUUGGGACAAGAAACAAAGUCUGGCACACGUUAAUGGAAGAGGGUUCUGACAUCUUGAACGUGGACGAUUUGAGAGGAGCUUCGAAACUAGAGUGGUAGUAAGUAAUACUCACUAAGUAUCUUUGAUAUAGAAAAGGAUGAGACAAUUUUAUCUUGCCCUUGUAUCUAAGCUGGCUUAUGUAGGUACCUAGGCUGGAUAAUUGGAGCAGAGGAGCAGCAAAGCUAUAGGAGCCCUGGAGCCCCACCGUAUAGAGCUAUUGAUAGCCCCGCCCCCGCUAUGACAUAGACAUCAUUAUGUACCUCAAACCAAAGCUGUAUGCUAGAAAAAUCCAAGCA